AUGAAAAGCGUAGUAUAUCUCCAUAGUGCAGCACGAUGGACAUAUCGACAACAUGAGACGCUUAAUCGGCAUGCUAGCGCUGCUUUAGUAGAUCAGAGACUGCAGCGUAAUUUUUCCAGCUUUCGAUUCAUGGACACGCUUUACGAAGGCCAAGACUUCGCGCGCCAAGUAGAGAAAAAGUUUAGUGAGCUGUCAGGCAAGACCCCAUGGGAGCCUGAUGUAAAGUAUUUGAAGGGCAUUAAAAGUCAAUGGCAAGGACCAGAGCCCACAUUAAAUGAAUUAGUGCGUGAAGAUGUGCCAACAGCUCGUAAUCUUUUCCGGAAUGUGCUACAACGACAUUAUCCAAAGGAUAUGGGCAUGUGGAACAAAUGGGGUGUUAUGGAGUGGAAGGCGGGCAAUCACGAACUGGCGCGUAUGAUCUUUUCGAAAGCCUCGAAAAUUUCCUAUCACACCGAACUAUGGACAUCUUGGGGCUCAAUGGAAUUGGAAGUAAACAAUUCGCAGGAAGCGAAACGGAUUUUUAAAGUUAUAUUGGCUACAGACCCGCAGAAUCCAAUGGCAGGACUUGGGAUGGCUUUAUGGGAAGCUCAAGCUGGACACCCAGAUAAAGCUCGUGAAAAAUUUGAAGACCUUCUCAGGCAUCAUCCCAGGGACGUUCUCAUCAUGCAGGCUUUCGCUGUGUUUGAGGCUCAGUGUCAGCAUAUCGGGCUGGCGCGAAAAAUCUUUCAAAGUGCUGUAUCAAAUCCUCGUGCGACAGGCCAAGUUUGGCAUGCAUGGGCGAAAGCAGAAUACGAUGCUGGAUUUUACAAAAAUGCGUUGGCGGUGAUUACAUCUGCAUUUGAACGAUUUCCGACUCAUAAGUGGCUUAUACUUCUCGGUGCCUUGGCGCAUUACAAGCUCGGUGAUGUGUAUGAAGCACGACGUGCGUACCGCCGACUCAUUGACGGCGGACUAUACGUAGAGCCAGCAGCAUAUAACUCGUAUGCCAAAAUGGAGGAAGAGUUAGGCAACGAAGAUGUCGCAGUGAGGCUGUACCAAACGGCUCUGGAGCAGCAUCCUGACCACGUCCCGAGUAUGAUGUCGCUGGCUAUCUUGUACCAAAAGCGCGGUCAAAUGCAUUAUGCUCGUAAACUCUUUGAAAAAGCUUUAGAAAGUCUGCAGCAUACUGGUCCGAUACUUCAAGCAUUCGGAAGUUUCGAAGAACAACAUGGUAAGCUCGGCAACGCACGAGAGCUUUACGAAGAGGCCACGAAGGUGCAGCCGACAGCUGUUGAGUCCUGGCGCGCAUUGGCACGCGUCGAAGCCAAACUCGAAAAUUAUGAGGCAGCACGGUCAGCAGUCACCAUGGCAAGCCAGCAUGUACCCAAUGAUGUACCGCUGCUCAUUGAGCUGGCUAAAAUCGAGCAGCGGAAUCGUCGAAUUCCGGCUGCUCGCUCAGCAUUAGAAAAGGCACUGAUGGUCGAUUCUUCAGAUGCCUCAAUUUGGAAUAUGCGUGCCUUGUUAGAGCUGCCGCUGAACCCAGAUCGAGCCAAAACCAUUGUUGAAAAUGCUUUGUCUAUAGUCCCUGAACACGAAAAAACUAGUUGGAGCAUUCUGAUGUGCACGUACGGCCGGAUAUAUGCAGCAUUGGGAGAUCUUCAGCAGGCAGUUGCAGCAUUCCAGCGCUCAUUUCAGCUGCGGCCGAAGAACUGGGAAACGCACUUUAUUUAUGCGGAUAGCGUUUUAAUGCCGAAUGAGGUCUGGAGCGAAGCUGUGAAGCAUCUGACAGCCGCGUGUAAAUUGCUAUCACGAACUGAUAGACGGCGCGUUAAAGUGGAGCGCAAACUUUGUGCAGCAAAGGCAAUGACGAAAGCACAGAGUAAUCAGCACGACGAUGAACACAACAAUAAGGAUUAUAGUGAAAAUUAA